AGCGCGCCGUCGGGCCCGUCCGUGCAUGGCCGUGCCGCGGGAGCCGCCCGCCGCCCCGGCGCUGCCGCCCGCCGCGCGGCGCCACUCGUGCCUGGUGGCGGCGCCGCACCGGCGGCACGUGGCGCUGCCCCCGCGCUUCCUGGGCCGCAAGCGCUCCGGCAUCCGCGCGCAGCUGGACGCGGAGCUCCUGCGCUACUCCGAGAGCCUGCAGGGUGUGCCCGUGGCUUACGACAACAUCAAAGUGGUGGGGGAGCUCGGCGACAUCUACGACGACCAAGGGUUCAUCCACCUGGACGUCGAGGCGGACUUCAUCAUCUUCAGCCCCAAGAAAGGGAAGAAGCUGGUGGGCGUAAUUAAUAAAGUGGCCCCUAGUCACAUUGGCUGUCUGAUACAUGGAUGCUUCAAUGCAUCUAUCCCUAAGCCUGAACAAAUGUCCAUUGUGCAGUGGCAAGAGCUGGGGUUAAAAAUAGGGGAUGAACUGAAAUUUCAAGUAUUGCACUUGGAUUCUGAUACAGCUGGGGUGUUCUUCAUUCGAGGAGGACUCACUAAAAGCAGCAUGCGGCCCAGAAAAUCUGAUGCAGUCACUGAAAGUACAAAUGGGGAUGAAAUUCAAAAGUUUAACCAGCAGGAAAAUGGCCUGAAUAACUGUGGGGAAGAUAAUGUCACAGAAGAACCUUUAAAUGAGACAGGUAACCUUGGGAGGGAAAAUGAAGAAGAGCCAAAUGUUGAUGCUGUGAAUGGAUUAUGUGAUGAUAAAAAGAAGAAGAAGAAAAAGAAAAAGGACAAGGAAAAGCAAGGAGAACAGGAACUUGUAUUGCCUACCAGUGACUCCAGUGGUUACCAAAGUGACCACAAAAAGUCAAAGAAAAAGAAAAGAAAGCAUUGUGAUGAAGUUGAAGAAAGUGAAUUAUCUCAGCUGUCAGAAAAACCCAAAGCAAAAAAGAAAAGAACUAACAUCUGAAGUGUCUUCCCUGCAUUACAUUUCAGACAUUUUUGAUAAGUUUCAAUAAAACCCUGUUUUGAAAA